AUGCCAUAUCUAAACAACGUAUACAGAAUUUACGUGGUGGUGGAUGAACCAGUUGAAGUUAUACAAUGCAAGGAUCAAUCGUCCGUUUGUCAAGAAUACGAUUCUCAUCGCACAGUUGACUGUAAUUACGAUCUUAGUUUUCUCCUACGCAAUCCUGAUGCUUCAACGUAUGAAUUAAGCGACGUAGAAGUACUACAGCGAGCUCUUUUGGAAAGUAAGCUGUCUGACGAUCCUCGAAUUACGUUUGAUCAUUUCUUCGCAAAGACGCCAACUCCGUACACGUGCGAAUGGAAGGAAGUAGACAGGCAAUUGAAAAUCUUGAUGAAAGGUUUUCCGCGGGCAAAGAUGACAGCGAUCCAUGAAACAUUUCCGGAACAGCAGACAAUGCAUUCAUAUUCAACAGACAAAAGCUUAAAGAAAAUAUAAAUUCUGCAACAUAUUUU